AUGGAGGAGACGACCACCACUAGGGAUGGAAACGUCUCUUGCCUUGCAACCGGCACAGCUAGCGAGUAUGGCGAUGAUGGUUCCAGGAGCCCCAACUCAUACGACGACAAUGAUGAUGAUGAUAGGCCACAAGAAGGCUGCUUUACUUCAUGCGUUGGAACUCGCUGGUUCAGGGCACCCGAGCUGCUCUACGGAUCCACGGAUUACGGAAUGGAGGUCGAUCUGUGGGCAUUGGGCUGCAUUUUCGCCGAGCUUUUGACGCUCGAGCCUCUGUUCCCAGGGCGCUCCGAUAAUAGAUGA